GGUUGAUGUCUGAGAUCUGUUGCAUCUUAUGCAGAUUUUUAAAAAUAUUAAUCUUACAUUCACAUAAUCACAUAAUCAACAUAAACAAAUGGAAAAAGAUUUCAUCAAAUUGCACUGGACAUGAGUGUUAGUACAUCUUUGUUAGUAUAACUUUGCUCUAAUCAGUAGUUGUUGUUUUUUUGUAGGUUUAUGGCGGGGUCCAAUGGCACAGCUGAGGAUGCGUCAUUAAUUUAUCAGCAAAUCUUUAAUCAAGACAUGGAUGCUGGGCUCAGUACUAAAACUGCAGUGGCUGUGUUAACAUCUUUGUUCUUUGUUUUUGUAAACUGUGUGAUGCUCUUUGCUCUAGGAAGCAAGCACAUAUUCCAGGAGACGCCGCGCUACAUUCUUUUUGGCCACAUGCUUAUGAAUGACUCUGUGCUUUUGCUGCUCACAACUAUCAUGUACACAGUGGCUCUGUGUUUCCUUCCAAUACCCAAAUCCAUAUGCACUCUAUUAGUUUUUAUUUCUCACUGCACUUUCCGUAACGCUCCUCUGACUCUAGCACUGAUGUCUCUGGAGCGGUACGUGGCGAUCUGCUUCCCUCUGAGACACUGCAACAUCGCCACACCAAAAAGGACUGGAAUUGCCAUAGGAAUCAUCUGGUUCCUUAGUUCUAUCAAUUUUAUAACAGACAUUAUUUUUGUUUUAACUGUCAACCCCAAUUAUUUAGCCGGUAUUAUAUUUUGCACAUUAGAAAAAUUGUUUCUAUACAAAUGGCAGCUGGAUAAAUAUCAAGCAUUUGAUGUUCUUUAUUUUGUGUCGGUUGCAGUGAUCAUUAUUUUCACAUACAUUAGCAUUAUGAUCACAGCCAGAUCUGUUUCCUCUGAUAAAGAUUCAGCUAAAAAAGCCCUCCGAACGGUGCUUUUGCACUUGAUUCAGCUGGGACUGUGUCUUACCUCUUUUUUGUAUACAAUAAUAGAAAGGACACUGUACAUGAUGACUGGAAACAGCCCAUCUCUUUUCAUAAAUCUCAGAUAUCUUAAUUAUCUUAUUGUUCUUAUUCUGCCGCGCUGCCUGAGUCCUCUGAUCUAUGGUAUGAGAGAUGAAGCGGUGUGGCCCUUAUUUAAAUAUUUCUUCUGCUAUCGUUCAGGAAAAGUAAGGCCCUCUGUUAAUGUACAUUAAUUGUCUAGUCUAAGAAGACAUUAAUUAAUAAUUUGAUAUUCACAGUGGUAAUAUUAUCAGGUAAAGAAUAAGUCUAUAUGGCUUACAAAUUGUAAAAGUCAUGAAAAAUGGCAUAUUUAAACAUUCUGUUGUUUGAAAUGAAGUUCAUUGUAUUUUUCAUGCAUUCAUUUUAUUUUUAUUAUAUUUUCAAAUUCUAAUUGUUAUUAAGUUUUUACAUGUCUAGCUGCUGAAAUAACAGCCUCUCUUAUACAAGAAAAUAUUACUGAAAAAAGACCAUUUCUUAAGAAUAUUUAAGAGAAUUUCUUUUUUAUUUUAUAAUUUAUGCAGACAGCCUGUAUUAUGCACUUCUACACUUUGGACUGUUUUUAGGAUUUCUACCAACAAUAUAUAAAUAUGUAUAGUUUAUCUUAUACAAUGUAAAUGUAGCUACUGUAAAUAAACCACCUCUAUCUAGCUUUAAAUGUUAGUAUAAAAAGAAUAGUGUUACAUUAUUACAAAAAUAGCAUUAUUAAUUUGUUGAUUAUUUUAUUUUGGUGUUUAGCUUACUAUAUGUUCACAAAAUAUUCUCUGUACAAACUUGUAUAAUGUCCAUUUGUUGUUCAUUUAAUGUAUUUGUCCUCAUGAUGUAAAUCACAGAGGAUGAUGCAUGGACAGCAGCUCUACCUUUAUGGACUGUUUUCAUGUUCCCUUACUGUCUGUUUCAUGUUUAGAUUUAAAUUAGCAGUAGUAGCCUACAGAUAAAAUGAAUGCACUGUAAAUCAACAGUAAUGAACUGUUUUCAUGCGCCCUUGCUGUUUCAUGUUUAGAUUUAAAUUAGCAGUUGUAGCCUACAGGUAAAAUUAUUGCACCGUAAAUCAAGAGUAAGUUAAAAACCCACAUGUGUUAAGCUGCUGUCAACAUCCCAAAAGUUGCACAACCUGUUUGUGAUUAAGAUGGGUGCGACUCACAUGGAUUGAGAGCCGUGAAUGUUAAAUUCAAUUUAUAAACACAUAGGGGGCCUAUAAAUAAACUAUUUUAUUAAUGUACAUUUCUGUUUUGUUAGUUUUUAUGAGAUUGAGACACUUUUGCUUGUCAGUGUGAUUAAAUGUGCUAAACAAAAAACGUGUUACAUAUCCUUCAGAGGGAAUGUUGAGUACUUUUUUUAUUUUGUAGAAGACCUACUCAUAUUUAAUGAGAACUGUUUAAAGCCCUAAUGGCAUUUAAUAACUUUUCAUUUUGAUGUUUAAUGUUAAAACAGACUUAUUUAUAUUUCAGCUUAGCGCUAUAAAUGUUCUUCCCGCGUUGGCCUAAAACAGUCUAUCUUUUUGAGUAAACAUUUUAACAACAGCCCUAUAAAUUUAGUCAUAAUGACGCUAGCAUAUGCUUUUGACAGAGAAAUGCUUAAGUAGCCAUAUACAUUGCUCUUGUUUUUAUGUCAAGUUGUG